AUGACGGAGAGUAUUCAAGCACAAAACAUUGGCAUUCAGCCGGCUAUCAUGUCAGAAACGGCUUUGGAAGUAGCCAAAGCACUUCAUGCACAAAAGACCUUUGUUGAUUCGAAUUAUGUUCAAACCGAACUUGAGAACACUCGAACCGAAAUCAAAAUUCAUGUUGACGUUCUACGGGAAGGAAUUGAAAAAAACGAAACGUUAUAUAAAACAUCGAUGGAUGCUGCCCGUGAGUUUAUUGGAAAUGAAUCGAAUAAACUACGAAUGGCGUUAACGGAAGAAAAUAAGAAAAUACAUGACGAUGAAAUGAAAAAAUUGACUGAAAAAAUGCUAGAAAUGCAGAAAAAAUUAGAAUCACAGAACGAACGUCAUUUCGAACAAUUUCAAAAGAAGGUAGAACUCCAGCUUCAAAAUUUUGUAAAUGAAAUGCAGAAUCAGAGCAAAACUGAGUUAGACAAAAUGAAAACUAUGCUCGAAAAACAUAAACGUGUUUCAGAAAAAGUUAUACAACAAGAACAGAAGGAAGCAAAGAAGAACAACACAGGUAUGCAGCGAGAGCCACCAGUGAGUGUUUAUACUGGGAGAUUAAUACAACAACGAUUUGUAGGCGAACCAAUUGCUAACAGCGGUGAAAGGGAACGAAGAGUGUAUAGCAGUCAAGAACUAGCCCACAAUAGGACAAAAUAUCAACCUGAUAUCGAAAAAUCAAUCUCCGGACGGCCAUCGACUCGUGACAAUAUACUGUCCGCGUAUAUUCAAACAUCUUCACGAAAUGUAGAGAGGUUACGUGGGCAAUCAAAGGAGGCUCAAAAGCGUGAAUCAGAAUCGGUCAAUGCGAAAACAUUCCAAAUGAAACAACAAAAUGGAAAUGGAAUUCAACGAGUGCAACAAACCUCGAAAGAAAUCCAACGAACUCUUUUAUAACUAAAUCGAUUCCUAAGAAGAUUAAGGGCAUGUUUAAAGAAACUUUUGUCCGCUUCAAAAUAUAGUGCGCUCCACUGUUUUUGCAAUGACUUAAGAAUGGUAAGAGCUACAAAGCUUUGGUUUUCAUCAAUCGAUAGUGAAGAUAUGGGGACGUCUUUUUCUCUAAUAGUGUAUAGGACGAAAUCAUUUUAAAAUCAAUUAGGGUGUGAGUGUGUGGCGGGUGUGGGUGUGGGGUAUGGGUGUGGGUGUGGGGUAUGGGUGUGGGUGUGGGGUAUGGGUGUGGGUGUGGGGUAUGGGUGUGGGUGUGGGAUAUGGGUGUGGGUGUGGG